AUGGCCCAUAGCUCUCAUACAUCCACUCCUUGUGAUACUUCCAAGCCUGUCAGCUUCCGCUUUAAGAUGUGGAACGGGUUUCACAUUUUUUCAGGUUCAUUCUCUCAGCCUCCGUUGACCCAGGAAGGACCUUGGCUGCUUCGUGGUGGGCAGCGCCGGCACUGCCAGGAGGGCUACCUGGAGAAAAGUCUGGAGGCCGUGCCAAGCGGCUUUGAUGUGAUCCUAGAGAUGGCGGGGCACGCAAAUUUGCCUGCGGAUCUGCGGCUGGCAGGUCAGAAUGGCAGAAUCUGCAUUGUUGGCUCCAAAUCCGCCGACGUGAGCAUCAAUCCCCGUGCAUUGAUGCCAAAGCAGAUAGACGUUCGCGGAGUGUUCUUGGGUUCUGCCUCUGCAGAAGAGCUCAAGGAGGUUCAUGCGGCGCUUUUUGAUGCCAUGAACCGACGUGCUUUAGUGCCUGUGGUGAGCUUGCAAAUACCGCUGGCCGAAGCCGCCAAAGCGCAUGUUGAGGAGCCCAAGAAGCUGAAAGCCCUGGAGUCCUCUGAAGGCGGGUCCUUUGAGGGCAAAAGCGGCAGGAGGCGCCGUCGCCAUGGCCACGGUGCUCCUGGUGGCCCUGCUGUCUAUGGUGGCCCUGACGGCCCUGGCCCUGGCCCUGCCCAUGGAGGAGAGGGGAUAGCCGGUGGCAAAGGACAUGCUGGAGGUCCAACCAAGGGCAAAGGGAAUGGCAAAGGAAGUGCAUUCUUGGAGAAACGCAGCUACGACGGGCCCAAAGUGAACAUGGAUGAACAACCUUUUGGCAACGCGUCAACGUUGGAGGAGCCCAAGAAGCUGAAAGCCCUGGAGUCCUCUGAAGGCGGGUCCUUUGAGGGCAAAAGCGGCAGGAGGCGCCGUCGCCAUGGCCACGGUGCUCCUGGUGGCCCUGCUGUCUAUGGUGGCCCUGACGGCCCUGGCCCUGGCCCUGCCCAUGGAGGAGAGGGGAUAGCCGGUGGCAAAGGACAUGCUGGAGGUCCAACCAAGGGCAAAGGGAAGGGCAAAGGAAGUGCAUUCUUGGAGAAACGCAGCUAUGACAGGGCUGAAGUGAACACGACGAUGAUGGAUCAACAACCUUGA